CACUACUGGCACCCCUGGCACCACAGCCCUCGCCCCUGCACUUCCGCUGCCCGGUGACUACAAGUGGAGCAUGCAAAGACCCAGUGGGUUGGUCAGCACCUUCACCAUAGACUCUCUGAUUGGCAGCCCCCCUGUCCGGCAGGGACAUGUGCUCUACACCGGGUACCCAAUGUUCAUGCCCUACCGGCCCCUUGUGCUUCCACAGACUUUGCCCCCCUCCCCACUGCCCUCUCUUGGACCCCUGGCCUCCUUUACUGGCCGCCUAAACAACACUUUCUGUGCCAGCCUUGGCCAAGGACUUCCCUCCAUGGUGGCACUGACUACUUCCCUCCCCAACUUCACCGACACCCCAGAGAGUUUCCACUCGCAGUCCCAGGAGUUGGCGGCCCCCGGGGGGGGUUCCCCGGACCUGGAGAAACGAGGCAGAGAAAAUGCCCUGCAUGGAACCCAAGAACCCAGCUCAGAGCCUCCGAAUUACAUGGAACCUUACACCUGCCUCCCAGAGAAGCUGAGAGCUCUGAUCGAGGACAAGGCGGAGGGCAAAACGUGGAGGCCGGCUGCAGAAACAAGGGAAGAGCGCGGCCAAUGCUUCAGCGGUGGAGAGCAGCUGACCACAGGAAGAGGUCGAAGGAGGAGGACGGCGUUCACGCAGCGAGCAGCUCUGGAACUGGAGAAGGAGUUCCUGCCAGAAAGUACUUCGCUCAGAGAGGUCCAGAUCGCAACACUGCUCAAGCUUCAGCGAGGUGCAAUUCAGAUCUGGUUCAGAACGCGAGGGGGCAAGUGGAAAGUGAUGAAAGUGGAAACGUCAGCAGUCGGGCGGGGAGCCCAUCCGGAACCCAAGAUCGUGGUCCGCAUCCCAGUGCUAAUGCCUGCAGAGCGCCAGGUGAGUCUCUGGUUUCAGGUAAUAGAGAACAAGAUGAACUGGCAGGAAACGGGAAGUGGGAGGCGCUUGGUGGCGAAAAGCGAGAGCUCUGAUCAGGACAAGGCGGAGGGCAAAACGUCGGAGGCCGGCUGCAGUGAGCGCGAGGAGAGAGCCUGGGGGAGAGCGGCUGACGGAGCAUUCCUGAUGAGGGAGGCGCCCCCCCCGGCCAGGAAACAAGGGAAGAGCGCCGGCCAAUGCUUCAGCGGUGGAGAGCAGCUGGACCACCAGGAAGAGGUCGAAGGAGGAAGGCGGCGUUCACCAGCGAGCAGCUCCUGGAACUGGAGAAGGAGUUCACUGCCAGAAAGUACCUUCGCCUCAGGAGAGGUCCCAGAUCGCCCAACACUCUCAAGCUUCAGCGAGGUGCCAAGUUCAAGAUCUGGUUCAGAACCGCGAGGGGGCCAGUGGAAACGGCCCUCGCAGAGGCCCCAGGUGCACGUCUCUGGUUUCCAGUUACCCUUCUAUAAGACCUUGAAGGCCCUCGCUAUGGUGAUUAUAAAGCUUUGCCCCUUCUGUGCCACCUCACCAUCUGGUUUUCUGCCCUCAGGAGAUGAGAAGCUGGAGAGCUCUGAUGAGGACAAGGCGGAGGGCAAAACGUCGGAGGCCGGCUGCAGUGAGCGCGAGGAGGAGAGCCUGGGGGAGAGCGCUGACGAGAGCAUUCCUGAUGGGGUAGGGAGCCCCCCCCGGCCCAGGAACAAGGGGAAGAGCGCCGGCCAAGCUUCAGCGGUGGAAGCAGCUGGAACCCCAGGGAAGAGUCGAAGGAGGAGGACGGCGUUCACCAGCGAGCAGCUCCUGGAACUGGAGAAGGAGUUCCACUGCAAGAAGUACCUGUCCCUCACCGAGAGGUCCCAGAUCGCCCACACUCUCAAGCUCAGCGAGGUGCAAGUCAAGAUCUGGUUCCAGAACCGCAGGGCCAAGUGGAAACGUAUCAAAGCUGGAAACGUCAGCAGUCGGGCCGGGGAGCCCAUCCGGAACCCCAAGAUCGUGGUGCCCAUCCCAGUGCAUGUCAACCGCUUUGCUGUCAGGACACAACAAAUGGAUGGGGGGCACCCUUGAACUAAGGCUCGAUGCUUUGGGAGACUUUAGCCAACUGGGGUUGGCCCAGCUGUACAUCAUUUCAAUAUAUAUGGAUUAUAUGGGCCACAGAGCUGACAAUCACAGGACAUUACGGACAAACCCAAUUUGUCAAUCCCAGGAAUUUUACAAACCAAUAAAUGCACUGAUGUGAAUAA